CAGGUGGCAUUGGCAUCGAUAUGCGACCCACUCGCUGAAUGCAUUCUCACCAUGCCUCCUAUGAUUCCGUCUGCAUGCUAGGUUUCCGCGCUCAGCUGCCAUGGCUUUGCGGGAACGAGAGCGUAGCGAGCCUACAUCUAGGCAAGAUCAACAUUGUGACUCGUCAUAGGCUCAGCAAAUGUAGGGCCUAAGGAAAGGCCGGCCUCUAUAUAAGGGCGGACAAAUACCCCUCAAGGGAUUUUUCGACAUUUUAAUCAUCUCAAGCUCCUGACUUGCAGUCACCUCCUGUCUUCAGUGCAUCAAGACAAGCCCCUCCCACUUAUCAACAUGCACUUCAGCGCUUUCCUAGGCCUCGCUGCCGCUGCCAGCGGUGCCUUUGCAGCUCCCACCCUCGACAACCGCUCCGACGCCGUCUCUGCCAUGGCCCAGGUUCCGCAGUGGAUCAUCAAGUCCUUCACCCGAACCUGCAACGCCAACGACACGUCGUGCACCGUCUCCUUCGGCAUCGACACGCAAACCGCCCCUGUUACUGCUUGCUCCUACACUGUCACAGGAACCCCCGCCAGCCGGGCCUCGACUAGCGGCAUCACCUGCGGCCCUUACACCCUUAGCUCCGCAUGGAGCGGCCAAUUUGGCGACGGGAAUGGCUUCACCACUUGGUCGGUAGUUGACUGGAGCAAGCGGCUUAUCGUCUGGCCUGCGUACUCGGACCGCGAGCUUGUCAACGGCGUGGCGGUCACCCCGGACAAGAGCUAUGCCCCGCAGAGCCUUGCUUAGAUGGACGGUUGGGAUACUCAGCCGGGAUGUAACGAACAGAGAUGAAGGAGAGAUCCGAGAGGAUUGUUGGGCUUGUCCCUGAGGGUUCGAUGUGAAUUACACUGAACAUUCCAUUACGUCAAUACACACGGGUAGCCUAAAUUCCAGUCAGAC